UAUCCUGGUCGACCCCCUUGGGAACAAGAGCUCCCCUCACCCGCCUGUUUGCUUAAAACGCCAGCCUGAGCCCACCGAGAUUUCCCCGAAGCUAUGCCUGCCAUUGUCAACCUCCUUUUCAACGUGGUCUCCACCAACACCACCAUCUCCUUCACGGUGGUGCUGCCGAUGGUGAGCCUGAUCUCUCUUUUCGCCGGGGUCGGAGGUCACCUCCUUCUGUGGCUGGUGCUGGUGAGGAACCCCCGGAGCCGCUCCAAGCCGAGCUCCGUCCUGCUCCUCAACCUCAGCCUCGCGGACCUUGGAGCCCUGCUCACCCUGCCCUGUGUGCUCCUGAGCGCCAGCUUCCAGAACUGGCAGCUCGGCGGUGGGACCUGCGUUCUGCUGGGGUUCAUGACUUCAGUGACAGUAGGAGUCGAGAUCUUCAGCCUGGCAGCGUUGGCAGUACUGAGGUAUCGCAUUGUCGCGCCACGGAUGAGGCCGCCUGUUAGGCUGACGCAAGUGUGAGUAAUAAAUAAUGAAGUCUGUUGUUGUUGGAAGGCAUUGUCACAAAAUGUUGACCCUUUUUGAAUCCCAUUGAAAUGGAGUAACAUGUUCUUUGUGGAUCUUUUUUUUUUU